AUGUUUUUCUCUUUUCCCCAUCUUCUUCUUUUUCUUCUUUUUUCUUGUUUUCCCUUUCUUUUUUUUUUUUUCUUCUUCUUCUUCUUCUUCUUCUUCUUCUUCUCCUCCUUCUCCUCUCCCUUUCUGACCUUUUUCAUUUUCCCAAUUUCUCUUUCUCAUCUUCUUCUUGUUCUUGGCAAUACUUCUUUUCAUAUUAUUUUUCUUUUUCUUUUUUUUUUUUUUUUCUUCUUCUUCUUCUCCUUCUUCUUCUUCUUCUCCUUCUCCUCCUCCUCCUCUGACAAAUUAUUUUCCCCAAUUUCUCUUCCAUCUAUUCUUCUUCUUCCUUCUUCUUUUCCUUUUAUAUUUCUCUUUUUUCUUCUUUUUCUUCUUCUUUUUUUUUCUUCUUCUUCUUCUUCUUCUUCUCCUCUCUCCUCCUUUCUGCAAAUCAUUUCCCCAAUUUCUCUUUUCUUCCAUCUUCUUCUUGUUCUUCUUCGUAUAUUUCUCUUUUCUUCUUCUUCUUCUUUUUUCUUUUUCCCUUUCUUUUUUUUUUUCCUUCUCUUUUCCUAUUCUUCUUCUUCUAUCUUUUCUUCUUCUUCUUCUUUUCUUGUUUUCCCUUUCUUUUUUUUUUUUUUGUCAAAAUAUUUCCCCUAUUUUCUUUUCGUCAUUCUUCUUUCUUCUCCUCCUCCUCCUCCUCCUUUUCAUUAUUCUUCUUCUUCCUUCUUCUUCUUAUUCUUCUUCCUCCUUCUAUUCUCUUUUCCUCUUUUCUCCUCCUCUCCUUCUCCUUCUUUUUCUUAUUCUUUCCUCCUUCUCCUUUCUAUUCUUCUUCGUCCCAAUUUAUCUUUUCACCAUCUUUUCUUCUUUUGGCAAUGUUUUUGUUUUCCUUUUUUUUUUUUUUGUCCACUAAUUCUACUAAAUUCGUCAUUCUCCUCUCCUCCUCCUCCUCCUCCUUCCUUUUUCAUUAUUUCACCAUCUUCUUCUUCUCCGUCUCUUCUUCUUCGUCCUAUCUUUUCCUUUUCUUCUUCCUUUUCUGACUGUUUUUCCCCUUUCUUUUUUUUUUUCAUUUUCCCCAUUCUCUUUUCACCUCUUCUUCUUGUUCUGGCAAUCCAAAAAUUAUUCUUAUACCUUCUCCUCUUCUUCUUCUUCUUCUUCUUUCCUUUUCUUCUUCUUUUCCUUCUUUUUUCCCUUUUCUUUUUUUUUUUUUUUUUUAUUCCUCUAAUUCUACUUCUUCUUCUUCUUUCGUUCUUAUUCUUCCUCCUCUCUUCUUCUCCUCCUCCUUUUUCAAAUUAUUCUUCAAUUUCUCUUUUCUUCUUCUUCUUCUUCGUCAAAAAAUCUUUUUUCUCUUUUUCUUCUUCUUCUUCUUUUUUCUUCUCUUUUCCUUUUUUUUUUCCAAAUAAUUUCCCCAAUUUCUUCCUUCACCAUCUUCUUUCAUUUUCCUCCUCCUCCUCCUCCUUUUUCUUUCUUCUUCCAAGCCUUCUCUUCUUCUCUUCUUCAUUUCGUCUUCUUUGUCUUUUCUUUCUUCUUCUUUCAGCUGUUUUUUUUUUUUUUCUUUUUUUUUUUUUUUGUCCCUUAUCUUUUUUUUUUCUUCUUCUUCUUCUUCCUUCUUCUUCUCCUCCUCCUCCUCCUCCUUUUUUCAUUAUUCAUUUCCCCAAUUUCUCUUUCUCUUCUUCUUCCAUCUUUUCCUUUUCUUCUUCUUUUUUCAGCUCUUUUUUCCCUUUUCUUUUUUUUUUUUUUCUGACCAAAUCAUUUCAAAACCAUCUUCUUCUCCUUCUCCUAUAUUUCAUUUUUCUUCAAGCCUUCUCCAUCUUCUUCUUCUCCUCCUCCUCCUCCUCCUUUCCUUCUUCUUUUCCUAAUUUUUUCUUUUCUUUUUUUUUCUUUUUUGUUCUUGGCAAUACAAAAAUUCAUAUUUCUCUUUCUUCUUCUUCUUCUUCUUCUUCCUCCUCCUUUUUCAUUAUUCUUCCUCCUUCUCCUUUCUGA